AACAAACCACCGCCCACAGUCUCGAAAAUGCCAUGGGACUACCUUUGCGUUUCUGAGAUUGACCCGACCAUGGCGUUGAUUGAUGGAUGGAUGGGAGCAGUUUUUGUUCCUUUGUUGUAAUCGUCAUGUUGUCCCACCUAAUUAUUGUCAUCGUGCCCUUCAGACUGAUGUGGGAUAAACGCGGUUAAUUGAAUUUCUCUGAUCGCCACCGCCAAGCUUUUAAUUCAACUGUAGGCUCCUUGAGUUUGAUACGGCGGUUUCCUUGAUUUUUUAUAACGACUGAUUUAUUUUUUGCAAAUGCGUCCAUUUCUGCAUUACAUAUCCUUGCUGUGUCGCUCACACAACAUACCCUACCGGAAACGGUUACCGUCUUUAAAGUGCAGGUUACGCCGUUGUCCAUUGCACGUUGUGCUUGUGGAAAAGAGCUUGGGAAUUUCCACUGUAGAAUUAACUUGUAGAUAUUGUCCAUACCACCUGUUUUUCCCGCCACUGUGUCUCCAUCUUGUAAUGAAAACGUUUCAGGCGUUCUACCAGUGUGGAGGUCAUGAACUAGGCCUAGCGAUGUUAAACCUAGAGAAAGAAAACUAAAAGGUAGAGGCAGAGAAUAAAGCCAACAAAGAGAUGUCGAAGACUCUCGAAAGUUGAUUUAAUGUGUUUUGGUAACCUGCCAGUUGGAUAAGGUUAAUAUGCGUUCGGGAUGAACAUUAGUUUUUGUUGUGCAAAUCACAGAAUCUGAAUGAGGCCAAUCGCGGCAACCAAUGAAUAAAUUUGACGUGGUCCAAACGUCCUUUCAGCAGACGCGCUUUUACCGCAGAACGGAUAGACCACUUGACAAAGACGCCACGUACCAACAUCGAAGAUGGAAGCCCGGUAUCUGUACGCUUAUGCUCUCGCUCUUGCCGUUUCCUGCACCGUUUCUACGGGAUAUACCAAAUCGAAGGACGAUUUUUUGAACAUGACGGACCAACGCGGCUGCAACAGGUGCUGCCGAGGUUUUCCCGGAGCGGCGGGACAGCCGGGGGUCCACGGGCGGGAUGGCGUCCCCGGCCGCCCAGGGGUGGUGGGGAAGAUCGGUAAACCCGGUAAGCGGGGAGACCGCGGGUACUCGGGAAAGCCGGGCCCUGCAGGACCAGAGGGACCGCGCGGACUAACCGGACCGCCCGGGGGGAAGGGCGAGCGAGGCCCGCCCGGAUCGCUGAUGCAGCCGCAGAAGGUCGGGUUUUCGGCCGCGCGGAUGUCGGACUUGGGGGACGCCAGCAAACCGGUGAUGCUCACCUACGAACACGUCUUCGUCAACCAGGGCGGGUUCUUCAACAACAACACUGGGCAGUUUCUAUGUGGCGUGUCGGGCACGUACUUCUUCACGUUCCACGUCUACAAGCGGUCGGGCCAGUACGAGACCUUCGUCCGCCUGGUGCACAACUUCCUCCCGGUGGUGGCCGUGCACGAGGGCGACAACGACGAUCGGUACGACGGCGUGAGCAACAGCGUCCUCUUGCGGCUGCAGCGAGGCGACAGGGUGUGGCUGGAGAUGCCGUCAGGGUUCUUCCUCUACAGCAACGCGCUGGACAAGCUAACCACCUUCUCUGGCUUCCUGCUUUUUGCCGACUAGAGUAACUUCCAAGCAGAUAUCUAUCUCUCCCUCUUUCUCUCCAUCUUUUCUAUCUUUCCUUCACUGUCUCUCUCUCUCCAUAUCUCCUUUUCUAUCUCGCUCUCUUUCUCUCUCUCUCACUCACUAUGAUAUGAGAGAGAGAGAAAGAGAGAGACACAGUAAAAUCCUCACAAAAGAGACCACCCAAUGCCCCUAUAUAAUCUUGUCUAUGUAUACAGGUGUUCACUACUUACAGGAUUCUUAAUGCUUUAGUCUAUGAGAAAAUUAUCCGAGGGACGACAAAAGUCACAUGGGCCAUGUAGAGGUUGACACAGUUGUAUGUACGUUGAAAACUAUCAUGUGCGUAUAUUGAAAAUGAUCAAGACAAAGGAAUUAUAUUGUUAGAAGUAUGAGCGUAGUGUGGGAUGUCUUAACGCUGGGCUGUAUAUUUUUGUCAUAUUUAUUAUUGAAUUUAGAGCCGCAGCUGUGGCGUUUGCUGUAAAACCUUGACUGUACGUGGUCUGAGUAGAGCCAUGAUAUUAUUGUAUUUUUGUAGAAAUUGGCCGCACCUUUGUCUGUUGAUAGUGAGAUAAAAAGAGCCACUUCAGAAACAAGUAAUUAAGGCACUGUCUAAACGUUAAACAUUAUAUAUUACGACUAGUCUGAUGGCAGAGACCAACUAGAGUUCCACGACCCCAUACCUUCGCCAAAUGAUUUGAUCUUUUACAACUGCUUAUCAAUUGUGUUUGUCAUUAAUUAUGCAAAUAAGG